GGAGCAAUCACCCCAUAUGAAAAUGGAGGGGCAAAGCACCACAACGGGGGAGGCACCAGAGGGGAUAGCAAAAUCUCUUCACCUCCUCCAGGACGGGAGCGUCGGGAAAUUCCUUCAGAGGAGACCAGGAGUUCAGGCGCAUCAGGAAGCAGGGGACGGUUCCCUUUCCCUUGCCCAGUGGGAAGCCCAGUGGCAGGAGUUCCUCAGGACAAUGGAAAACCCUCACUCUGGUUGGGGAAUCCCACAUUUGUCGGGUAAGCCAUCACACUGGGAGGAUGCCAAGGCCUUUCUGGCCUCCUUCGAGCAAGUGGCUGAAGCCUGUCAGUGGUGCAAGGAAGAGUGGGUGACCCGACUCCGGCCAGCCCUCAGCGGAGAAGCCCAAGAGGCCUUUAACAGUCUGCAUCUCAGAGACAGAGAGGAUUAUGGGAAGGUGAAGGCAGCCAUCUUGCGAGCCGAUGCCAUGAGCCGGGAGAAGCAGCGCCAGCAGUUCAGGCAUUAUUGUUACCAGGAGGCCGAGGGGCCGUGGGGGGCUUACAGCCAACUCCGGGAAAUGUGCCGAGGGUGGCUGAGAGUAGAGAAGCACAGCAAGGAGCAGAUCCUGGAGCUCUUGAUCCUUGAGCAGCUGCUGACCAUCCUACCCCCAGAGAUCCAGAGCUGGGUGAGGGAAAACGGUCCCAAGAAUUGCUCCCAGGCAGUGGCCCUGGCCGAGGAGUUCCUCUUAAGGCAGGAGAAGCAGGUGCUCUUGGAGGAUGCAUCUGGGGAACAAGAUCUACCUGAGAGCAAGUGGAGGCAAGUGUUGAUGGGCAUCAAGGAAGAAGAGGACAGAGAGACCAGCCUGCUGGAAGAUGAAGAGGAGACCGCCAGGGAAUUCCAGGGGUUCUCACUGGAAAAAACAAAGAGGGAAGAAGCUGAACAAAUUUUUAGGGAUCAAGGUGGAUCAGAGAGGCAGCAGGGAAGGCAUGCUGAAAAGAUGAGGGAAAAAUUCAUUCCUUGCAAAGGAGAGGGCUUGCAUGAAACCCCAGUCCAAGAAGAAAACUCAACCCCAAAAAGAAGGAACAAAGACCUCUGUGCUAAACAGAGGAUCCAGUGCUUGAAAAAUGAAACUGUGGCAUUUGGAAGCACCUUCAGUCAGAGCAUGAACGUUAUUUUCCAGGAAAAAGUUGACUCAGGGGAGAAUGUGUAUAAUUACUUGGAGUGUGAAAAUACCCUUCCUUCCCAGCAAAAAUUUCACUCAGGGGUUGAUCAGGAGAAUGAGGAGGACAAGGAACAGCAUCAGGUAUCACCAGAUGAAGCCAAGAAUCAAGAGCUGAAAGGAAGUUUCAUGACUCUCAGUGGACCCAAGAAGCAGAAAGGAAGCCAGAUGGUGGAGAAGGGGGAGGAACCCAUUGCUUGCCAAGGAGGGAAUUUACAUGAAGAAAUUCACAUGUAUGAAUGCUUGGAGUGUGGAAUGAACUUUUCAGAUCAAGCCCAUUAUAAUAUCCAUUUGCAAAAGCACAGUGGAAGGAAGAUCCAUCAAUACUCAGAGGGGGAAAAGAGCUUCAUUCACACAUCAGAGCUCCUUAGAUAUGAAAGAAUCCAUACAGGAGAGAAACCAUAUAGCUGCUCAGACUGUGGGAAGAGCUUCUUACAGAAAGCAAAUCUUAUUCAGCAUCAAAAGAUUCAUUCAGAAGAGAAGCCAUCGAUCUGUUCAGAGGCGGGAAAUACUUUCUCUGAUGGAAAAAAGGUCAAUGUACACUUUCCCAAGCGUAUUGUGAUAAAGUCACAUAAAUGUUUUCCAUGUGGAAAGUGUUUCAGAUACAAAUCAGAGCUCCUUGCACACCAAAGAAUCCAUACAGGUGAAAAACGUUUUGAAUGCUCGGAGUGUAGAAAAGACUUCAACUGGAGUAGCGACCUUCAACGGCAUCUAAGAAUUCACACAGGUGAGAAACCUUUUGAAUGCUCUGAUUGUGGAAGAAAAUUCACUCAGAGUUAUCAUCUUCAACAGCAUCGAAGAAGCCACACAGGCGAGAAACCUUUUGACUGCUCCGAGUGUGGAAAGAAAUUCAGUAAGAAUUUCCAUCUUCAACAACAUUUAAGAAUCCACAAAGAUAACAAAGCUUUUCAGUGCUCUGAGUGUGGAAAGAACUUUAACUGGAGUGGAGAUCUUCAACGGCAUCUAAGAACCCAUAGAGGGGAGAAAUUUGAAUGCUCCAUUUGUGGAAAGAAAUUCAGUCAGAGUUGCUAUCUUCCACGGCAUCGAAGAACCCACACAGGCGAGAAACCUUUUGAAUGCUCAGAGUGUGGAAAGAACUUCAAAUGGAGUCGUGAUCUUCAACAGCAUCUAAAAACCCACAGAGGGGAGAAACCUUUUGAAUGCUCCAAUUGCUGAAGGAAAUUCAGUCAGAAAUCUGUCCUUCAACAGCAUCAAAGAAUACACAUAAGGGGAAACCAUGACUUGAGCUUGUUUCAUAUUUCUUACUUUAAGGACCAUAGAGUUCACACAAAGUUGAAACCAUAUAAAUUCUUGUAAAGAUUUUGCAUCUCAAAUGUCCUACCACAAGCUUUCUCCAAGAUCAAUUUACUUUCAUAAACUUUUUCUAGGUUUUUACUUUAUAAACUAUUUAAUGUAACGUGCUCUGUGCUCUUAUUGUGCAAAACAAACAAGUUAAUAAAUAUCACAUUUCAA